CAAGGCAGCGAUGGCCCGGGAGCUGAGCCAGGAGGCACUGCUGGACUUUCUGUGCCAGGCAGGGGGCCGAGUGACCAAUGCCGCUUUGCUAAGCCACUUCAAGAGCUUCCUUCGAGACCCCGACGCGCCCCCCAGCCAGCACCAGCGCCGCCGCGAGCUCUUUAAGGGCUUCGUCAACUCGGUCGCCGCAGUGCGCCAGGACCCCGACGGCACCAAGUACGUGGUGCUUAAGAGGAGGUACAGGGACCUUUUGGGGGAGGAAGGGCUGCAACGACCCCGUGACCCGCCCACGGCCGCCGCCCGUGCGGGGGGAGCUGCGCCCUGCUCCCCGAGAGGCGAGCGUCCGGGGGAGCCCAAGCCGCAGCCCAGGCGGCAGCGCGACAAGGAGCAAGAGGAGGAGCCAGCAGGUGCUGCAGCGGGAGUCACGGACCCAAGUUGCAAUGGACUCCCGGUCAGUGGCGCCCGGGAGGCGGCCCCGGGAGGCGACGGGCAGAGGGUCAGCUCCGGGCAGAGGUCGCCGGGGCCAGCGGCUGCCCAGGCCCGAGUGCGGUGCGCGGCGGCGGGGUCGCAGGGCCAUUGCUGCUGGGAAUGCCUACAGAACAGCUUGGGGGAGCUCCCGGGCGAGCGGCACCUGAGCGCGCUCCCGGACCCUGCCACCGCCGGGCAGAAGGCGGCGCGGGCUCAGCCUGCCCAGGAUGACCGCGGGGCUCCCCGGCAGCGGCUGAAAGGCUUGCCAGCUGAGCCCGCGCAGGAGCCUGCAGUGGCCCACUUGCCUCCCGCGACCAUCGAGGCUGUCGGAAGCAGGGUUUCCCCGCCAGCUCUCCGGCCCCACCCUUCUCCCGCGGGUGACCGGCGCGAGCUGUUGGCCCCAGGCGCCCCACACUACUUUUCGACCCUGCAGCAGCAGCAGCAGCAGCGCACUGUAGAGUGGGUGGCCAGACACCCCCAGACGCCUGAGGCCCGGGACCAGGGCCCCAUCCGGGCCUGGUCGGUGCUGCCAGAUAACUUCCUCCAGCUGUCCUUGGAACCGGGCUUCUGGGUCCCGGAGAGGAACUCAGCGCCACCAGGCCCCGCCCUUUCUUCUCACUCUCACUUUGCUGUUGUUCCUAACGAGUCCUCUGAAUCCUGGUCCUGGAACCCUCCACCGACAGUCUUUCGUAGCAUCCGUUGUCAGUUGUCCCUCCAAGACCUGGAUGACUUUGUGGAUCAGGAGAGCCAUGGCAGUGAGGAGAGCAGCAGUGGGCCCAGAGAGUCCCCUGGGGGUUCUGAAGAUGGCCUUCAGGUUGCCAUGGGCACCCCAGUUUGGGGAAAGCUCAGGAGUCCAGCUGAGGGCAUUUCUCUAUCUCCAAACAAGGGCAACCCCAGCAGGAGUCAUCCGGGCUUCAGGAACAGAGGGGAUGGCCACAACACUCAGAAAGUCACAGGAGGGGCUAAUGGCCUAGCAGGCUACCACCAGGAACCUGUGUCCUGGCCAGCUCCCAAGUUAAGGCGAUCCCUCAGGAGGAGCUCUCAGGCAGGGAGAGGCAAAUUGUCCUCCUCUGAUGAGGAGUUGCUUGAUGAAGACUUGCUAAAAAGGAGUCGACGCCCACUUCGCUCCAGGAAACCCUCCAAGGCAGGGGCAGUGCCCAGCCCAAGGGUGGAGGCUGCCUUGACACCAAAACCUGUGGACUUUAAGACUGCUGUUGCUGAGCAGGGUCAGUUACACAGCUCAUGGGCUUCCUGUAGGGAUGGGCCUGCAGUCUUGGGCAUGCACAGACCUGAGCACAAGUCAUCCCUGGUGCCCCUAGAUGCCAGGGAGCAUGAAUGGAUUGUGAAGCUUGCCAGUGGCUCCUGGAUUCAGGUGCUGACCUUGUUCUGGGAGGACCCCCAGCUGGCUUUGCACAAAGACUUCUUGACAGGGUACACUGCCUUGCAUUGGAUGGCCAAGCAUGGCAACAUCAGAGCCCUUCAGGACUUGGUCUCAGGAGCACAGAAGGCAGGGAUUGCUCUCGAUGUAAAUGUGAGGUCCAGUUGUGGGUACACCCCGCUGCACCUUGCAGCCAUUCACGGCCACCAGGGGGUCAUCAAAUUGCUAGUGCAAAGGCUGUCUUCUCAGGUGAAUGUCCGGGACAGCAGUGGAAAGAAGCCAUGGCAGUAUUUGACCAGUAAUACCUCUGGGGAAAUAUGGCAGCUACUGGGAGCCCCUCGGGGCAAACCCAUUUUCCCCGUCUAUUCCUUAGUCCGAAGUUCUUCCUCCACCAGGAAGGCCAAGAGCCGGGAUGUGUCUAGAAGCGUCACCCGGAAGACUUCCUUUGCUGCAUUACUCAAAAGUCAGCACAGCAAAUGGAAAUUGGCCAACCAGUAUGAGAAAUUCCCCACUCCAAGGGAAAGAGAAGAGUAUAGUGACUGAAGUGGGCCCUUUUCUCCAACAUGCAGUCACCACACCCUCAUUCUUGAGCUGCUCAAUAAGAGAAUUCAGGGGGAAUAGAAAACUUGCCAAGGAGUUGGUGAAGAGAGAGGUCAAGUGAGAUUGCCCAGUGUUUACCUCCCUGGAUUUUAUAUGAGCACAUUUGGACCCCAAGGGUUAUCCAAGCUUGAAGGCUCAAGUCCUAGGGUUAGUGAAAUCUAGGCGAGGGACAGAAUCAGGUACUGAAAAACUAGGAGGUACUCUCCUUGCCACCACUGAUCUGGGUACAAUAAGCUACAUUAUUUCCUAUAGCAGCUAUCCCAGGCCUUGGCUGGAGAGGGAACUGAAGUCUAACAAAAAAAAGAGAGAGGUAAUUCGAGGAAUUGAUGAAGCUCAAACAAAAUCCUCUUUGGCUAGUAGCUCUCUGGCUUCUGUUCAUUUGGAGAAUAAAUCUUGGCUGAGGGUAGAAAGCACCAGGUUUGAAAUCAGAUGGCUCCUCUUUUUUCUUUUUUUGGCAUUCAAAUCCGUAAAAUAAAAAUUAUUACUGGAGAGUAGGAUUUGGUUUAAAAGAUUCCUCAGCCCUGUCCCUGAGUCUUUCUUUAGGUGCUCCAUGGUAGUUAAAGUGUAAGAUGAUUAGUACCUCUUUUGUGUCUCUUUUCCACUGAUCAGAGAAGCAAUUGAGCAAGAUUCAGUUACAACUUUGACCCCAUGCCCUGAAGAAAUGACUGAUAGUUAAAACCUGACCAAACCCACUGCUGUCGAGUUGAUCCUGACUCAUAGCAACUCUAUAGGACAGAGUAGAACUGCCUCAUAGGGUUUCCAAGGAGCACCUGGUGGAUUAGAACUGCCAGCCAAACAGCUGUAGCUCUUAACCACUGCACCACCAGGGUUUCCAACUGACUGGCCCUGCUUUUUUGUAUCAACCCCAACAUAAAAACAUAAAAAACAUGUGGCUUAUUUGCGUGGUGACUGAAUCCAUUUUUUAAUAGUAGAGAAACUCCCUGUGUUACAAAAAACAGAAUUAUCAUUAGUAAUUUUCAAUAGGUUUGAAUAGCCAAUCUUCAUACUCAUCAAAAGAGAGAAAGGAUUUCACUAUGGGGAAGAGUGAGGAUUGAGAGGAGAAUGACUCUCUACCAUGAAUUUUCUGAACUGUUAAAUAUAAUUUUAUUUGCACUAAACUUGUUGCCAAUUAAGAUUAAAUAUUAGCCUUGAAGUACUGUAUAUCUAACAGGAAGUGCUCCUUUUAGUUGGUUAUGAAGGGACUGGUCAUUGUAGGUCAGUGAAAUGAGACAAUGACUGAAACGGCAGUAGAACAUCGGGAUUUCAGAAUGCAGACUCCAAGAGGGCUGAAAAAUGAGCCAUUGAAAGCGAAAAAUGCUCAUUUUGGGGGGGAAGUGUCGUGUAUUUUGGCAAUGAUGCUGUAUUUUAAAAGUAUUUUUGUGUUUACCCUACUAAAAUAUCAACAGAUCUUCAUAGUUGAUGUCACAUAUACUCAUUACUGUUAACUUUCUUCUUUUGGAAAUUGUCUCUCAGUGUCACAUAUUUGUUUCUUUGUAUUUUGCAGAAAUAAAUAUAUCUCUGUUCUACCAGAAAACAAAAAAGUAGAAAUGAGAAAUAAAUCUUUUCCAAAUAGACCUGUAAAAGGGACAUAACUUUGGCAAAUCAAAUCAAGAAAAAAGAAACAAUCACAGACAGCAGGGCAUGAUUAACCAA